AUGAAACACAAUCUCCGAAAUACCAUCUCCCGAGGAUGGCCCUCUGCUUCACAGCGCCAGGGUGAUGUUUUCAUGACCAUCAGUGCCGACGAUGUUUAUCGCCAGGUUGGAGCUGUCCAACACCCACAGCAACUGUUUGAGAAAGCCAAGAGCUGGAUGACUUCCAUCCAAGACAUGGAGCGUGAUGAAGUGAAAGACGAACUCAUUCUUGCAGAGCUACACGGGGCCAUGAUCCGCGCAAUCUUUGGCAGCGAACUUUCUGAGCGAGAUCCGACAUACCAGAGUCAACUGUUGGAGCUCUACUCCAAGCAGUCUGGCCUAAAAAACAUGCCAGCCAAAUACAUUUUGCGAAGCCGGAACGAAGUUGUUCAACAUGCCCGGGCAUUCCAGCACAUUAUUCACGCCUUUGUCGUUGACAAAAAAGAUCUCUCAGAAGAUCUUAUCAAGGAAACGCACCGAAUACUUGUCAAAGGUGUCCCAAUUGUCGAGGAGGGGUACCCAGACGUUAGCCCAGACGAGUAUGGAGGAGUUUACAGAAAAGUUGUCGUUGGCGCGGGCACAACUAACUUCACCGUCCCCGAAUUUGUACCAAAGAAGAUGGAGGAGAUGUGCGAUGCCCUCAAAGACGAACUGGAGAUUGCCGAGGACAGGAAAGGAAUAGACCCAUUCUCCAUCGCCUCCAAAUACUCGAUGGAGUUUGUUAUGAUCCAUCCGUUCCAAGACGGCAACGGACGAAUGUGCAGAAUGAUACUUAAUGCUAUUCUUUGCCGCUACGCUGGGGUCAUAGUCCCCAUUGGAGAACAGGACGAGGAGAGGAGGGUCUACAUGGGUAUCAAGCGGCGCGCAAGCCAAGAAAUGGAGGGUCAUGGGGAUGCUAAUCCGGACGAUCUGCGACGAUUGCAUGUCACUUUCUGCUACAAGGAUCAAGACCAGCUCAAUCGCGAUGUUCAUGUAGCGUGUCAUUGCUAUGUCACUGACGAGGUGAGCCUCGAGUUUAUAGAGGCAACUGAAGCUGCGGGAAAGCCGGACUCGUCGAUGAAGAACGAGAAGGCAGCCGUUGUUUGGCCAGGCAUGGCAGAUCUUUGGGCUGCCCCAGAAAUUGGGUACGGCCAUCUUCCCGGUGCAGACGGUUAA